AUGUGUAGUGCAGCUCGAGCAUUUGAUUUUUUUGCUGACUUAGCCGACGAACCAACACAAGUAAAGGAAGCAGUACCAGACGCAACUGAAAAAUUAGCAGAAGCAGUUUCCGAUGCAGCAACUAAUGUUAGUGAUACAAUAAGUGAUACAGCUACUGGUAUAGGAAAUUUAGUUGGAGAAGCAGCUACUAGUAUAGGAAAUAUUGUUGGUGGAGCAGCAAGCGGUAUAGGAAACUUAGUUGGUGGAGCAGCAAGCGGGAUAGGAAGUUUAGUUGGAGGUGCAGCAAGCGGGAUAGGAAAUUUAGUUGGUGAUGCAGCAGAGGCACUUGCAACUACCGAUUUAAAAGACAUAAUACCACAAAACUCUGAGUCUUCAACUGAUUUAGUACCAGCUGAGACACCAGCUCCAACAGAUGAUUAUCUUGAUGAUGACGGUUUUUCAAGUUUUAGAGAAUUUCUCGAAAGUACUCCUUGCUGGCAACGUAGAAUGGCUCAAGAAGCUUUACUUAAUGACUACCAAGUAGAAUCUCCAGCCGAAUCUAUGUCACCUAUUCUUAGAGUACAAUUUUUUGCAGAUUUUGCAAAACAAGCUGUACAAGUAGCUAAACAAAAUUAUCUCUACGCUGUAAUAUUCCUAUUCUUUGUUGUUAACAUUUUGUUGUUCAUCAACUUUUACAACUUAGGAAAAAGAAAAGGAUAUUACCUAGCAAGAAAACAAAGAACACAACCAAAACUAGAAAAAAACCAAGAUCAAAACCCAGACCAAAAAGAAUUUGAACGGGAUACUAAAUUAAUUAUGCCAACAAUAAUAAGAAUUUGA